CUGGACGUGCCGGGCGGGCGGCUCCGGUGCAGGGGCCUGGCCCCGUAGGGGACUCGGGCGGCUCUGCAGGGGCCGCUCGCCCCCCCUCCCCCGCCCGAGCCGCUGGGCUGGUUCCCGGGCGGGAAGGGCCGUUUGCGCCCCGCCCCGCCCCGUCCCCUGGGCCGCAUCCAGCCCGCUCUGCCCGAGAGGCUGGAUCCGCGGUGGGGACAGUGAGCCCGGGCCAAGGCAGGAGCUCCAGCCUCGUCCUCCCGGGCAGGCCAGGCGCCGUGGCUCCGCGGGGCCCGGUCCUGCAGGAUGCUCGCGUAGCCGUGCCCGGCGCCACCUGGCUGCGACAAGCCCCGCUCCUUUGUGUCGAGCAGAGCGGGGAACUCGGGGGAAAGCACCGGCCCUGCAGGAUGCUCAUUCCUGCCACUCUGCCCUGCCCGUGGCACUGGCACCGAUGGUAGCGUCUCUGGGGCUGAUACCACUCUGCGGAUCUGGAACCACCAGCCCUGUGCCAGGAACCCCCUGUGUCUGGUGUCCCCUAGCCUUGGUCCGUGAGGACCCUGGGGCCAGCCUGUGCGGUUUGUGAUACCUGCAGUAGGGGCAGAGAGCAUAGACCUGCGGCCAUCUUUGCUGGGUUGUGGUGUAUCGUGUUGUGAGGUCCCUGUGUCAAACCGGGCUGGUGCUGGGCACUAGCCUCUCCCCAGGAAUCUUCCACCGGUCCAGCCCCUUCCUGCUGCAAUGCGCCGGGACAAGCCUCAGGAGCGGGCGGCCAGCUGGCCAGCUGAUCACAUCAAGGUGCUAAUUGCCUUGUGGGCGGAGGCGGCCGCCUCACAUGACCUGAGCUCGCGCGGCAGGAACAGGGUUGUCUACGAUGGCAUCUCCCAGCGCCUGGCUGAGCUGGGCAUCUACCGCACCGGGGACCAGUGCCGGGAGAAGAUGAAAGGCCUUAAGGUGACAUAUCGCAAGGCCAAAGAAAACAAUGCGGCCGGGAGGCCACCCAUGCGUUGCCCAUUCUACGAGGAGAUGGACCAGAUCAUGCAGCGCUGCGACAGCACCCGCUCUAGCCUCCUGGCAGAGAGUGGCGAGGGGCCCGGCGCUGUGGACAGGCAGGAGGGCACAGCUGCCCCGGAGAGCUGGGGGGCACCAUCCUUUGAGCCAUGGGAUUCCCAGGCCACUGCUGCCUUUGAGCACUGGGAAUCCCAGGCCUCAGCCUCUGACCAUUGGGGGUCCCAGGCUGCUGCCUCAGAGAGCCAGGGGGCUGAGGAGCUGGCCUACGUGCUCCCUGAGGCUCAGGCCCUGCUGGGCGAGGUGCAGGCCGUGCAGGUGAAGGAGGAGGAGGCAUCCGCGGACGAACUGCCACCUGAGCCUGACAGAAAGCAGAAGACCAGAAGUACAAAGUGGAGGCAGUUCAGUGUUUAUUGGGACCCUUCCCCAUCGGCAUCGGCGGAGCCCCAACCGGCCUCCCGGAAGCUGGUCUCGGCGCUGGACCGGCUCGUGCACCUCCGGGCCAGGAAGCGCAAGACGCGGGAGGAUGGGCCACUGGAGACUCCACGGGGCCCCAGCCAGAAGCACGGGCGCAGCCAGCUGGAGCUGAAGCGGGCAAGGCGCACUGGUGCCUGGAGGGCGGAGGAGAGGCAGAGCCUGGCCGAGUUCAUCCAGCAUGACCGGGAGAUGCGGCGGGAGGACCGGGAGUUCCAGGCCCAGCUCCUGGAGAAGCUCUUCCAGAAGCAGCUGGAGAUGGUGGGGGCCCUGGCCCAGCCCGCACCCCCACUGCAGGAGCCGGAGCCGGUGGUGCGGGAGGGAGCUGGGCUCCAGUUUCCUGCUCUGCUGGAGCAAGUGGUGCGAGCGCAGGCCAAGGGGCAGGAGGCCGAGGCAGCUGGCCCUGCCCCUGCUGGAGCCCCGGAGCGAGCGGGGAAAGCGCCCCCUGCCGUGCAGUACUGGACGGCAGAUGAGAUCCUGCGCUGGCUGGUGCCGCAGCAGCCGCUGAUCGGGCAGCAGCCUUGGGGCGAGCGGUAUCGGGAGGGGCUGCCGGGCCCCCUGGCCUCACGGGGAGAGGGAGAAGUGGGGGAGAAAGAGACAGAUCUCGCCUCCUCCAGACGCGUGACUGACACCUGCCAGGGGCCCAAAAGGCUGGGGGGAGUCCGACUUCUCCCUCCGCUCUGCGGGAAAACCCAACAGAUCCACGCCAGCCUGGAUGCCAGCGAGGCCGGUGACGGUGCCAAGGUGAAGGGAACUGUCCUGCACCGCCAUGACACGGAGACACAGCGCCAGCGCUUCAGGGGCUUCCGCUACCAGGAGGCUGAGGGGCCCCGGGAGGUUUACGGCCGCCUGUGGGAGCUUUCCCAUCGCUGGCUGCAGCCAGAGACCCGCACCAAGGAGCAGAUGUUGGAGCUGCUGGUUCUUGAGCAGUUCCUGAGCCUCCUGCCUGAGGAAAUGCAGAGCUGGGUGCAGGAGCGUGGCCCGGAGAGUGGCCAGGAGGCUGUGGCCCUGGCAGAGGAUUUCCAGCUUGUUCCCCAGAAGCCUGGAUGGCAGCCCCAGGCGCGGGUGCCAGCCCAGGAAGGGACCAGGGAUGUCGGUGUGGCGCAGCGGGCUCCAUUGGCCGAGCGACAGAGGGUGCCCCAGGGUGCCAGCGAGCAGGAGAACGGCUGGAAUGGCGGCUUGUUGGCUGCCAUGCCGGGCACCCCGCUGGUGCGGAGACCAAGCCUGGGGGUGACUGAGACAGCUGCUCCCCAGCCCCUGUGCAACAGAGUGGGCUCCAGGCAGGGACAGCAAGUGGAGAAUGGCUUAGAGCCACGGCAGAGCACCGGGCACCUGCGGCAAGCAGAGAAGAACGCUGCCCCAGUGCCACGCCCAGCAGCUGGGAAGGCGACCGAGCUGGGCAGUGCUGGCCCAGGAGGGCACGUGGGGACAGAUGGCGUGCUACAGGGCAGAGCCACCAUUCAAGGGGGCAGCAGCAUCUCAGAGGCUCAGAAUGGGGUCACACAGCUGCCUGUGCCCUGCGCCCCAUGUGAGCAGCAGACACCUGCUGGCCUUGUGCGGACGGAGUGCACCGGCUCCAAGGGUGGCAGAACCUGCAGCGCCCUGCCCAGGAGCGCCGGUUGUGAAUCCCCGGGGCUGGACGGCCCCUUGCUUGGGGCACUCCUGGAGACGUCCUUGGACUCCCCAUGGGACAGAGAGGGCAGCGCAGACAGAGCACCAGAGAGUGGCACGGCCUGCCCGGGGGCACAGCCCCGCUGCCUGGGCUGCACAGUACUGCGGGCUGAUCUGGAUGCCACGCGGGAGGAGCUGAGAAUCACCCAAGCUUCCACCCUGUAUGGACUGAGCGGCACCCACUUGCAGGGCCUGGCUGAGGCGCUGAGCACCAUCUCGCGCAUCCUGAACGAUAGGAGGCCGAUGAUGACCAGACCCCCCUGGGGUGCAACCGAGAGCCCCGGCGUGGCUUUACCCCAACAGACACACCUGUCCUGAAGCCUAAGUGCCUGGCAAGCAGCUGGCCGUGGCCCGCCGCCGAGGAGCCCACACGAUGUUCAGCAGCAGCAGCGUCGGCAGCACCAGGGAGAAGGUGACGACCUCCCACUCGAUCCCAGAGCCGCUAGCGUCGAGCCCCAUACUCGUGGCAGCGCCUGGAGCAGGGAGGCCUUGGACAGGACCUGAGGGGUGCUGGGCCGGCUGCCUGGGGGUGUUGGGAGUUGGAUCCAGCAGGGCCUGUGCUGAGCCAGGGCAGCUGGCGUCUCGUCACUGGACUUUCCAGGGAGCCUUUCCUACUCGACUAGCUUUUUGAUACAAUGUCCCCAAAGCCCCCUACUUUCCCCUUCACUUCUCAGGUUGGUCUCAAUAAAGCAAUGCGCAGAGCUCCAGGCCCAGGGAUGUGGCGCCUGCAAAUGGGAGGAAACGUCUGUGUCAGGGACUCCCAAGCACACCAUGGCUCAUCCUGAUCUCCUUGGGUACAGCAGGGCACGGUCUCAGCACCCAGCCUGCCUUUCUGGGCACUACUAGGUGAGGGAAGGCCCCAGCCAGACUGCCCCACUCGCUGCUGCUGGGGGAGGGAGCCUGUCAGGGGAGUGUCCAGUUAGUUCAAGCAGGAGAAUGUUCAGGGGUGACUUGAGCCCUCUCUGUAUGUACCUACGUGGGGAACAACUCUACAGCGCUGGGCUGUGCAGAGGGCUGAGAAAGGUUCAACACAUCCUGAGGCUGGAAGUUGAAGCUGAACUAAUUCAGCCUGGAAAUAAGAUCUCCGUUUUUAACAUGACAGUAAGGGACCAGUUUCCCAAGUGCCAUGGUGGCUCCUCCAUUACUGUUGAUUGUAAGUCAGUGUCGGGGUUAUCUUUAUCCCAGACUUUUCAGGUUCGUUGUCUGACCGCAAGAGAGAGAGGCAACCCAGCAAAGUCCAAAACCAAGUUCUUUAUUGAUGCAUGCACACAAGCAACAAAGAACAAGCCCAUUAUCCACAGAGAACCAGAACCAGCCCCCCCUUUCUUCAAUACAGCACAAAUUUAUAUAAGCAAGUUUACAUCACAGUUAAAGCAUUUAAUUUCCUGUGGUUAAUUAAUGGCACCUGGUGAAGCAUUUGAUUACAAAAUUCAUGGCCUUGAGCAGUUCCUGGCAGACAAGCAUCUUCCUUAUCAGUACUGAGAACUUUUUUAUCAGCACUUCCCAAGCUUGAGUGCAAGG